AUGGCCUCGACAACCGGCACGGCUGAAAACCGUGAAAAGCUCAAGGGCCACAUGUCCCAGUACCAAGGAGGCGCCUACACCGAAGGCUGGGCCGAGCUGUGGAACAAGGGAGACUUCUUGCCCUGGGACCGUGGUUCUCCAUCUCCAGCCCUCGCCGACACGCUGAUCAACCACGUCCCCGUUAUUGGCAACGCCCUUCUUGCCUCGUCUGCAGAUGGCCAGAAGCAGCGGAAACGCGCAUUAGUCCCCGGCUGUGGCCGCGGGGUGGAUGUGCUAUUACUGGCGAGUUUUGGAUAUGAUGUUGUUGGGUUGGAGUAUGCUGAAAAGGCACUCGAGGCCUGUAAGAAGUAUGUGGCCGAAAACGCCGGCAAGUAUCCCGUGUACGAUGAGAGUAUCGGCAAGGGCAAAAUGGUGUUUCUUCAAGGAGACUUUUACAAGGACGAGUGGGUGGAAAAAGCGAGGGCAGAGCUAGCUGCUGGUAGUGAGUGGGAUGGCAAGUUCGAUUUGAUUUAUGACUAUACUUUCUUCUGCGCAAUGCACCCGGGCAUGCGUCCUGCUUGGGCCAAGCGCAUGACCGAGCUGCUGCGCCAUUCCGCUCAAGCAAAUCUUGUCUGUCUGGAGUUCCCAGUUAGCAAACCUGCUAAGUCCGGUGGUCCCCCUUACGGCGUUGCUCCAAAGACAUAUCUCGAGCAUCUGAGCCAUCCAGGAGAGGAAGUCCCCUACGAUGACGAAGGCAAUGUCAGAAUGAAUCCGCUGGCCCCGUCCAGCCCAGGUGCAUUGGAAAGGGUUGGACAUUGGCAUCCUGCGGACACGCAUAAUGUGGGCAAGGACAAGGACGGCAACGUGGAAGACUACAUCUCGGUUUGGCGCCAUCGUUGA